AUGAUACUACGAAGCUAUAGAUUAGGGUUACGUUUAAAACAAGCCCCUGGACCAUUCAUAAAUUCAACUCGACAGUACUCCAUUGAUCAUAAUGCAAUCGUAAAUACAUUUACCAGAGCCUUUGAGAGUUUGCAUGAAACUAGUGGUUUACCAUGGUGGGCCCUAAUACCUGUCACCACAUUUGCCCUCAGAUCGGUCUGGACGUUGCCAUUAGCCAUAAUUCAACGUAAGAGAAUACAGAAACAGAGUACUUUGAAACCGAUAAUCAGUGCACUUAAUCCUAUUUUAAAGAUGAAUCUAGCGAAACGGGUUCAAAAAGCGAAAAAUUUACAACAAGUGCCAGAUACAGACGACUCGGUUAAAGCGGCACAAGCCCCGUUGGCCAAUAUGUCUUAUGAACAAAUUUUGCUUCUAAGUACUAAGGAAACCCGCAAACGUCAAAAGCAACUUUUCAAGAAAAAUGGUGUUCAGAUAUGGAAGAAUUUUAUCUUACCUACAUUUCAAAUCCCACUCUGGAUUAUAAUGUCUUUGACAAUGAGAGACUUGAGUGGCUGGUCAUCGUGGGAUAACUUACACAACAAGGCAUUAGACCCUUCAUUGUACACGGAAGGUUGCUUAUGGUUCCAGGACUUGGCAGUGGCCGAUCCCAUGCAUGUUUUCCCCCUAAUUUUGGGAGUCAUUUCAUUAUGUAACAUUGAAUGGACUUUCCGCACUUUAGAGUUGUCGCGAUUGACACAGAGGUUGAAGUAUCGUCCGAACUUGACUGAUGCGGUUGCAAAUUUUUCAAGAAUGUCUAUUGUUUUCAUGAUGGCCAUCUCAAUCCAUGCACCAGCUGCAUUGGUACUAUAUUGGAUCUCCUCACAGUUUUUUUCAUUGGUUCAGAAUAUUGUAUUGGAUAUCAAAUACCCUAUUAUGUUCACUCCAAAGAAGCGUUUUGGUGGGGAUAUAUUGGAGAAGUAG